AUGGACUCAUUCAAUCCAUCAUUCAAUAUUCCUCCCACCAGGAAUACCGUUAUAAUAUAUGAACAACAAGAGAGCCAGGAUGAUAGCAAGCAUUACACCAUAGAGCUUCUGAGAUUCGGACUUGUCCCCAGUUGGGCACUGCCCAAGGACCCCAGACCAACAGCACAUGGACUAGAAUAUUCCAGAGAGGUCAAUGCUUUAUCUUCCAAGUUCUUCAAUUGCAGAAAGGAGACUUUUGCUCAACAUAGUCCUGUUUGGAUGGGGGUGAAGAAUAAUCGAUGUGUUGUACCAAUCCAAGGGUAUUAUGAAUGGAAGAAGGAAGGAAAGAACAAGGUUCCACAUUUUGUACAUUCAAAGACUUCACCAAUAAUCUAUUUGGCUGGGAUGUAUAGCCAUAAUACCAACUUCAAGCAUACGGAGUUGAGUACCAAUGAGAAGUAUUUAUCAAGUUUUACAGUGAUUACUGGACCUGCAACAGCUACAGAUACUAAGGACAUGUCAUGGCUUCAUGCUCGAAAGCCAUUAAUGUUACUUCCUGGUACCAGAGAAUGGAAUGAAUGGCUUAAUCCUCUGAAGCAGUGGGACGAUUCAAUGUUUGAUACAUGUUUGGAAACAAAGAAGAACAAGGCUUAUAUGGAUAUUGAAAUUUAUCCUGUUUCCAAGGAUAUUGGAAGAAUUUCAAGUCAAGGAGAAUAUUUAAUGAGAAGGGAGGACCCGCCUCCAGUCAAGAAACAGAAAGAUAUUAGUCUGUUUUUCCUGUCUCCCAAAGGAAAGAAGACAGUUUCAAGUCCAGACGUUUCUGAGCUUCAAUCGAUAAAUUCAAAGCUGGAUUCUGUUAAGAAGGAGAAGAAAGAUAUCAGUCUGUUUUUCUUGCCUUCGAAGAAGAGGCCUCUAGAGGGUGAUAAUUCACCUACUAAGAGAAUCAAAACUGAGCCUGACUGA